AUGUCGUCGGAGGAGUCCUCAAACCCGACUCGACACAAGCCGGACAUCGUGGUCAGAGGGCUCAACUACAAGUUCCCCGAUGGAACGGCCGGGCUGCACGACAUCAACCUCGAGCUGCCGGCGGGCUCGAGGACGCUGUUGAUCGGGGCCAACGGGGCGGGCAAGACGACACUCCUCAGGCUGCUGUCCGGCAAGAAGCUGGCGCCCUCGCGCUCCAUCUUCAUCGCCGGCGUCGACCCCUUCGCCGCCGGGCUCGAGGGCGUCACCUAUCUGGGGCUGGAGUGGGUGCUCAACCCCAUUGUGCGCACCGACAUUGCCGUGCCCAUCCUGCUGGACUCGGUCGGCGGGCUACAUUACCCCGAGCGGCGGGAUGAGCUGGUGCGGAUCCUGGACAUCGAUCUUCGAUGGCGGAUGCACAUGGUCUCGGACGGCGAAAGACGGCGGGUGCAGCUGGCCAUGGGCCUGAUCCGACCCUGGGACGUGCUCCUGUUGGACGAAAUCACGGUAGAUUUGGAUUUGCUGAGCCGGAGCAACUUCCUGAGCUGGCUGAGAGGCGAGACGGAGCGGCGGGGGGCCACGAUCGUUUACGCGACGCACAUCCUCGACAACCUGGUCGGCUGGCCCACGCACCUCGUGCACAUGCACAUGGGUCGCGUCAAGGAGUGGGGGCCCAUGGCCAAGUACCACGCCGAGUUCGACCGUUACGACAACAGCGGCAAUAGCAAGCUCGGCGAGUUGGUGCUCAAGUGGCUCAAGGACGACCUGGCGGAGCGCGGGCCCAGAUACCACGGCGGCCAGGCCAAGACGUACGAGAGCUACGACGGCAAGGGAGGGUACGGGGCCGAGAAACCGCUGGCGGCUGAUGAGAAAGAAAAGGAGCGCGAAGCGAAAGAUGACUGGGGGUGGAAAUAA